CUCAGAAAAAAAAAAACAAGAAAUCCCCAUCUCUAGCAGUGCAAAUGCCAAAAUUUUAGUCAUGAUGUAAAAUUUUGGAAUUGAUAAGUCCUAAGAGUAAAGCAUUAUGAUGUCGAAAGCCGCAUGGGAACCUGAACACGACCAAGUAUUUGUGGACUUAUGCGUGGAGCAAAAGAUGUUGGGGAAUCAACCUGAAAUGCAACAUAUAUUGGAAGCUUUUCAAGAAAUGAAGGGUGUGAGGUUCACCAUAGACCAGCUUAUGAAUCGUUGGGAUACAAUGAUCAAGCAGUGGAAGAUUUGGUGUAGACUUGUUCAAUGCAAAGAUAUGAAAUGGGAUCUCCACACAAACACGUUUGGUGCCAGUGAUCAAGAAUGGACCAACUAUUUAGAGAUGAAUCCUGAGGCUGGACAGUAUCGGUGUAAUCCUCCCUUGUUCCUCAAGAAACUAGAGAUCAUCUUUGCUGGUAUUAACUUAGAAGGUGAAGGUACGUCUUCAGGUAGCAAAAUGAAGCAAUUCUGUGAGCCUCAUGAUGAAGAAAAUGAUAACGGAUAUAAAUCUAAGCUAAGCGCGUCUGAUAUCGCAAUUCGUCGUCGGUUUAAGUGGCCACCAUCCUUACAUGCGAUUUUUGUGAACGUAUGUUUCCAAGAGUCUAUAAAAGGAACCACACCAACCAGACGUAACCAACGUUAUACAAAGGAAGCUUGGAAAAUGAUUCUUGAGGAAAUCAAUCGGAUCACAGGAGUAGGAUACACACAUAAGCAGCUCGAAAGCCACUUCGAACGUACCAGAACAUCUUGGAAGAACUGGUGUAAAACUAUUGCCUCUCCCAUCAUGAAGUGGGAUGCUAAUACUCGCAAGUUUGGUGCAACUGAAGAGGACUGGGAUAAAUACUUGAAGGUAAAUAAAAAAGCUGGAGUGUUCAGAUGGAGACAUAUUCCUCACGCUGAUAAACUGGCAACCAUCUUCAAAGAACGUAUUGAACCUGGAAAAACCAAAACCCGCCGUUAUCGCAAGAGAGUGAGCGAUCGUCAUUCAGAAUCACCACAGCUACAUGAUCAUCAACCAGCUCCAUCAUCAGUAGUAGUCUACACAAAUGAGCCAGUCACAGGAAGUGACAAUAGAGCUGAUGAUGCUGAGCCUACCCCACUGAUUAGGUCAGACUCAGAGGAUGUUGUUGAAACUGUAACUCCCAAGAUGAUGGAGAAGAUUCCAGUGAAUGCAUCGGUCAAGAAGAAGGAGUAUACCAUUGAGGAGUGCAUGGAGUGUUUGGACGCCAUGGAAGAGGUUGAGAAAGGCAGUGAUCUCUACAUGUUUGCCUUGAAUUUGUUUCUGACCAAAGACUACAGAUUCCUCUUCUUGCUGUUGGAGAACUCAAGUUUGAGGAUGUUAUGGCUGCUUGGACUUCCAAUGAAUUGCUACUUCGAUAAUUGGGGUUCUUACGAAAAUGUUGAUUUUAAGAUUUUGUAUCACCAGCUCCAUCAAGUGCUGGACGAAGAUAGUCGUCACGAAGAUCUUGUGGCGACCAUAAUAAGUCUGGGUUUUGUGAGUAUAGACUGUGGUAUACCUGAGGAUUCAAGUUAUAAUGAUGAAACAACAGACAUAAAGUAUGUUUCAGAUGCUGCUUUUGUCGAGUCCGGGACAAUUCAUAGUAUAGAUCCUGAGUUUCAAACAAUUUCUCUUGAGAAGCAGUUUCAAAACGUUAGGAGUUUCCCUGAAGGCAAGAGAAACUGUUAUGAUGUGCAGCCUCCCCAGGGAAAAGGCAACAAGUAUUUGAUCAGAACCCGUUUCAUGUAUGGUAACUACGAUAAUCUAGGGAAAGCACCCGACUUCGAUCUUUAUCUUGGGUUCAAUAUUUGGGAUUCUGUUACAAUAGAUAACGAAACUACGAUAGUUACCAAAGAGAUCAUUCACACUCUUCGUUCAGACCAUGUUCAUGUGUGUCUUGUUGAUAAAGACAAAGGAACUCCAUUCUUGUCUGUGUUAGAACUCAGGCUCCUGAAGAGUGAUACAUACGAGACUCCUUAUGAUUCACUUAUGCUGUUUAAAAGAUGGGAUCUUGGGGGACUCGGUGAUCUUCCUGUGAGGUACAAAGAUGAUGUUUUUGACCGGAUAUGGAUACCUUUAAGGUUUCCAAAGUAUACAAUCUUCAAUGCAUCGCUCACAAUAGAUUCGAAUACGAACAAUGGAUUCCAACCCGCUCGCUUUGUUAUGAACACUGCAACUUCCCCUGAGGAUUCAAGCGAACACAUAAUCUUUUAUUGGGAACCAAAGAAUAUUACUUGGAAGUAUUAUGUGUAUAUGCACUUUGCAGAAGUUGUGGAACUGCCAAGUAAUGAGACAAGAGAAUUUACGGUGUUACUAAACGAACAGGAAAUCAACAUGAGCUCCUUUAGCCCGCGAUACUUGUAUACAACCACGCUUUCUGUUCAGAACCCCGUGAGCGGACCAAAACUCCAGUUUCUUCUUAGACGUACUGCUAAAUCUACGCUUCCACCCAUCAUUAACGCCGUUGAGACGUAUCGUGUCAACGAGUUUCUUCAGGCACCUACUGAUCAACAAGAUGUUGAUGCAAUUAUGAGAAUCAAGUCCAAGUAUGGAGUGAAGAAGAGCUGGCUUGGAGACCCUUGUGCUCCAGUAAAAUACCCUUGGAAGGAUAUUAACUGCAGCUAUGUCGAUAACGAGUCUCCGAGAAUCAUUUCUGUGAAUUUAUCCUCAAGUGGCUUGACUGGAGAGAUUGAUCCGGCGUUCUCAAACCUUACAUUGUUACAUAAACUGGACUUAUCAAACAACAGUUUAACAGGAACAAUACCUGAUUUCCUCGGUAAUCUACAUAAUUUGACAGAGUUAAACUUGGAAGGAAACAAGUUAUCGGGUGCUAUUCCGGUUAAACUACAGGAGAGAUCAAGAAAUAAAUUGCUUUUGCUAAGAGUUGGUGGGAAUCCAGACCUUUGCGUGUCUGCUUCAUGUCAAAUUCCGGAUGAGAAGAAAAAAAAGAGUGUAUACAUCAUUCCAUUAGCAGCAUCUGUCGCGGGAGUUCUUGGUCUUGUAAUAGCAAUAGCUUUGUUCUUGCAGUACAAGAAGAGACAUCGAAGCGGUGGUUCUGGUGGUGGUGUAAGGACUGGGCCAUUGGACACAACGAAACGAUACUACAAAUACUCAGAAGUUGUGAAAAUUACAAACAACUUUGAGAGAGUUCUUGGACAAGGAGGUUUUGGAAAAGUAUAUCAUGGUGUCUUAAAAGACGACCAAGUUGCUGUCAAGAUUCUGUCUGAAUCAUCGGCUCAAGGGUACAAAGAGUUCAGAGCAGAGGUAGUGGCUGAGUUAAAGGAGAGUGUAAGCAGAGCAAGAACCGGUGGUGGUUCUGUCGCCAGUAGUGUUACAGAUCCGGCGAUGACGAAUUUUGAUUCGGGAAUGUUUCCUCAAGCAAGGAAAUUCAACUGUCUUCCGCUAGUUUCAUUCGCAAGCUUUGUUGUUGUCGCUGUUCUUGUUUGUGCUCAAGACCAAUCAGGUUUUGUUAGCAUAGAUUGUGGUAUACCUAAGGAUUCAAGCUAUAAUGAUGAAACAACAGACAUUAAGUAUGUUUCAGAUGCUGCCUUUGUUGAGUCCGGGACAAUUCAUAAUAUAGAUCCUGAGUUUCAAACAAGUUCUCUUGAGAAGCAGUUUCAAAACGUUAGGAGUUUCCCUGAAGUCAAGAGAAACUGUUACGAAGUCCAGCCUCCGCGGGGAAAAGGCAACAAGUAUUUGAUCAGAACCCGUUUCAUGUACGGUAACUACGAUAAUCUAGGGAAAGCACCAGAGUUUGAUCUUUAUCUUGGUGUCAAUCUUUGGGAUUCUGUUACUCUUGAGAAUUCAACUACCAUAAUCACCAAAGAGAUCAUCCACACUCUUCGCUCGGACAAGGUUCAUGUGUGUCUAGUUGAUAAAGAAAGAGGAACCCCAUUCUUGUCCGUGUUAGAACUCAGGCUCUUGAACAAUGAUGCAUACAAGACUCCUUCUGAUUCUCUUAUGUUGUAUCGAAGAUGGGAUCUCGGUGCAACCGGAGAUCUUCCUGCCAGGUACAAAGAUGAUAUUUUUGACCGCCUAUGGAUGCCGCUGAUGUUUCAAAACUUUUUAAUCCUCAAUACGUCGCUGACGAUAGAUCCGAACAGCAGCAACGGCUUCCUACCUCCUAGUGUUGUCAUGAGCACUGCAGUAGCACCCAUGAAUUCCAGCCAAGAAGAUAUAAUGCUUUAUUGGGAACCACUGGACCCUGAAUGGAAAUUCUAUAUAUACAUACACUUUGCUGAAGUUGAGAAGCUUCCAAGCAAUGAGACGAGGGAGUUCUCUGUGUUUCUGAACAAAGAGCAGAUCGACACUACUAGUGUGUUUAGGCCUAGCUACUUGUAUACAGACACACUUUACGUUCAAAACCCCGUGAGCGGACCAUUUCUAGAAUUUGUUCUUAGACAAAGUGUUAGGUCGACGCGUCCUCCCAUCAUUAAUGCCAUCGAGACAUAUCGUAUCAACGACUUUCGUGAGUUGCCUACUGAUCAACGUGAUGUUGAUGCAAUUAUGAAAAUAAAGACCAAGUAUAAAGUGAAGAAGAACUGGCUCGGAGAUCCUUGUGCUCCAUUUGGCUAUCCUUGGCAGGGUAUUAAUUGUAGCUACACCGCUAACAAUCCUCCGAGAAUCAUUUCUGUGAACCUAUCCUUUAGUGGAUUGACUGGCCAGAUUGAUCCAGUCUUCAUCACCCUUACACCAUUACAGAAACUAGACUUAUCACAUAACAGAUUAACAGGAAACAUACCUGAUUUCCUUGCCAAUUUACCGGAUUUGACCGAGCUAAACUUGGAAGAAAACAGGUUAACGGGCAUCCUCCCGGAGAAAUUACUGGAGAGAUCAAAGAAUAGAUCGCUUUCUCUAAGAGUUGGCGGGAAUCCAGACCUUUGCGUGUCUGGUUCAUGUCGAAAUAAAAAGACGCAGAGGAACGAAUACAUCAUUCCAUCAGUAGCAUCUGUCACGGGAUUGUUUGUUCUCUUGCUCGCGUUAACUUCUUUUUGGCAAUUCAAGAAGAGACAACAAAGUGUAAAGACCGGACCAUUAGACACAAAGCGAUACUACAAGUAUUCAGAAAUCGUGGAAAUUACAAACAACUUCGACAGAGUUCUUGGCCACGGAGGCUUCGGAAAAGUAUACUAUGGUGUCUUAAGUGGGGAACAGGUUGCUAUCAAGAUGUUGUCUAAAUCAUCAGCUCAAGGCUACAAAGAGUUCCGAGCAGAGGUGGUGGCUGAGCUAAAAGAGAGUCUAUUUAGAGCAAGAACCAGUGGUGAUCCUGGAGAUAUUUCUCUUAAAGAGCGGACGGAGAUGAUGAUGUCGAUGACUCUUGACCCGGGAGUGGUUCCCCAACCGAGAGGUGAUUUAAAUAUAGGACAACAUAAGAGGAUCUUUAAAUCUAUGAGAAAAUUUAUGGCUCUCUUCAACUUUCUUCUGUUGGUUACAUACAUAAGCUUUGUUGGUCGUUUUUGUGUUCAAGCUCAAGACCAAUCAGGAUUUGUGAGUAUUGACUGCGGGCUACCAGAUGGUUCGAGGUACCGUGAUGAAAAAACAGAUAUAAAUUACAUUUCAGAUUCUGAAUUCGUUGAAUCAGGGACAAGGAGUAACAUAGAUCCUAAGUUUCAGACAAGUUCUCUUGAUAGACAGUUCAACAACGUGAGGAGCUUCCCUGAAGCCAAGAGAAAUUGUUACGAUGUGAAGCCUCUACAAGGAAAAGGUUCUAAGUAUUUGAUCAGAGCUCGUUUCAUGUAUGGAAACUACGACAGUCUCGACAAAGCACCUGAGUUUGAUCUUUAUCUUGGGGUCAAUCUCUGGGAUUCUGUUUCAAUAGAUAAUGCAACUACGAUUGUUACCAAAGAAAUCAUCUACACUCUUGGUUCAGACCAUGUCCAUGUGUGUCUUGUUGAUAAAGGCAGAGGAACAGCAUUUAUAUCUGUCUUAGAGCUCAGGCUUUUAAAGAGUAAUAUGUAUGAGACUCCUUAUGAUAAACUUAUGCUUGUUGCAAGACGUGAUGUGGGAUCAAUAAGUAACGAUUCUGUCAGGUACAAAGAUGAUGCUUAUGACCGCUUAUGGACACCGCGACAAUUGGAAAAUUUCACUACCUUGAACACGCCGCUCACAAUAGAUCAAAAUAUCAACAAUAGCUUUCAACCUCCUCUUAUUGUCAUGAGAACCGCAAAUGCACCAAGAAAAGCAAUCCAGUAUAUCAAUAUGUUGCUUGAACCAAAAGAUCCUAAGGGGAAGUUUUAUAUAUUCAUGCACUUUGCUGAAAUUGUUGAGCUGCAGAGAAAUGAGACCAGAGAGUUCACUAUAUUGGUGAAUGGUGAGCCAAUAGAUCCCAUUGUGUUUAGUCCACGCUUCUUGUUUACAGAUACACUUUCCACCAAGAACCCCGCGAGCGGAUCAAGAAUCGAGAUUUCUAUUAGACCAACUAAUAGAUCAACCCUUCAACCGAUCAUCAACGCCAUUGAGGCCUAUCAAGUCAAUGAGUUUCUUCAGUCACCUACUCAUCAACUAGAUGUUGAUGCCAUUAGGAAGAUUAAAACCAUUUACAAACUGAAGAAGAAUUGGCAAGGAGAUCCAUGUGUUCCUGUAGAUUAUUCUUGGGAAGGUCUUGACUGUGAUCAGAAUCCUCCGAGAAUCGUUUCUCUGAACUUAUCCUUCAGCAGAUUGUCUGGUCUGAUCGAUCCAGCCUUCUGCAACCUGACAUCAAUUCAGAAAUUGGAUUUGUCAAACAACCGCUUAAAAGGAAACGUACUUGAUUGCUUCGCCUAUUUACCGAGUUUAAAUGAGCUAAACUUGGAAGGAAACCAACUAACGGGCUUGGUUCCGCCGAAACUACUGGAGAGAUCAAGAACCGGAUCACUUAAGCUAAGCGUGGGCGGAAAUCCAGGUCUUUUUCUAUCUUCUUCAUGUCAAGAGACGAAGAAAACUAAAGGAUUCGUCGUUCCGCUGGUAGCAUCCAUUGUAGGUGUGCUCAUCCUUUGACCUCUCUUGACUCCGUUGCAUUAAAAAGAGAGAGAGCAAGGUAUCAUCUCAACAAACUCUGAAGAGUCAGAGCAGAAAAUGGAGAUCCUAUAAAACAAAUCAAGAUCCAAAAUCUUGAUUAUAUUUACACGUUGCUUGAUAGUUUUGCUUACCUUUUUGUAUCCAAGUGAAGCUACAUGAUUCUUUGUGCUUUGUUUUGUUUUCUAUAAACAAUCUUUUUAGUU